AUUCACUCCUCCCUCGCCCCAUUCCUCUAUAACCGGUCAAUUCGAACAAAAUCCACCACUCCCGCCACAAUGCCGCUCGCCGCUCGAACCGCGUCCCUGUCCCGCGUCACCAACGAGACCAAAAUUCAGGUCUCGCUCUCCCUGGACGGCGGGGUUCUUCCUCCCUUUGAGGCCUCGGAGCAUUUCCCCGAAGACCCCAAGGACGCAGAGGCUGCCAAACAGGGCGUUGUUCCUAUCAAGGAGGCCGCCCAUGCGACCCAGUUCACUGCGACCCAGCAGAUCACCGUGAGCACGGGCAUUGGUUUCCUCGAUCACAUGCUGCAUGCGCUGGCGAAGCAUUCCGGCAUGAGUCUGGCGGUCCGCGCCAAGGGCGACCUCUUCAUCGACGACCACCACACAGCCGAAGAUACCUUCCUCGCCGUCGGCGCCGCUUUCACCGAGGCCCUCGGUGCCCGCCAGUCCCUGGCGCGCUUUGGCCGUGGCGAUGCGCCGCUCGACGAGGCGCUCUCGUGGGCGGUCAUCGAUCUCUCCAGCCGUCCCUGGGCCGUCAUCAACCUGGGUUUCCGCCGCGAGAAGAUCGGCGAUCUGAGCACCGAGAUGAUCACCCACGGGUUGCAGAGCUUUGCCCAGGCGGCUGGCGUCACCCUCCAUGUGGGGUGCACCUACGGCGAUAAUGACCACCACCGUGCGGAGAGCGCUUUCAAGGCUUUGGCUGUGGCUAUCCGUGCUGCGUGCACGAGGAGGGUGGCUGGUGAGGUUGGGGCUGGAGACGUUGUGAGCACCAAGGGCGUGUUAUAAAAUAGAUAUGAUCGGUUUU